UGAGUAGAUAUAGACAUUAUAUUGUAUUUAGAGCUUAGAGAGUAUUAUAUACAGUUCAACAAACGAGCAAUUCGAAAUUCUACUUACAUUCCUUUUUCCUAUUCGUGAAUAUUCGAAUUUGAUCAUCUAAUCAUUGGAUUUUUCUUUAAAAAUAUUGAUACUUGAUAUUCAUCAUUAUUUUUCGCCACAAUGUUUUCGUCGUCUACAAAUGACUAUGUUGAUAGAUUUCUAUCAGUAUUGGAUCAAAAUGAAAAAAAUUUGAUGCAAUUUUUGGAAUCAUCAUUGGCUGAUGAAGAAUACAAUAAACUUUUGGAUGAAUAUCGACGUCAAAGCAUUAUGGAAUCAACAAAUCUUUCUGAAUUGGAUCGCAUCGAAAAUCGUUAUAUCGAGGUUGAAUCAUCAUCAUCAUCGAGUGAUGAAUACGAUGAACGUAUUGACAAUGAAAAUCAACUACUAAAUAAUAAUAUACAUAGAAAUCGACCGAUGACAAUGGAUUGUUCAACACAGACAGAAGAUACCAUGGCUACCAUAAGUGAAAAACAUUGCGAAAUGAUAUCAUCCGAAUUGGGACAAAUGAAAUCUAAAUUUGACAAUUGUUCACAACAAAUCCAAUCUUUGAGUAAUGUUUUCAACCAUUAUCGACAACAAUCACCGUAUCAACAAGACCAACAAACAUCGGUUACAAUGAAUGUGGCAUCUACAAGUUCCGGAGAUUGGUCGAUCAAUAACAACAAUAUAAACAUGAUGGAUGAUCGGAAAUUUUCCUGUCCAAAAUGUCGAUUCAAAUUCAAAACAAGAGCUACGUUUAGUCGUCAUUUAAGAAGUCAUCGUCAUAGUCUAAAAUAUUUUUGUGAAAAAUGUGGCGAUCGUUUCAAAAGUAGAAUAACUCUCCGCAAACAUGUUAAGUUGCAUUCGAAUUUGAAACCAUAUAAAUGUCCCAAAUGUAAUGUUGAAUUUAAACGUCAUGAUCAAUUUUACAUCCAUAUGAAACGAAAACAUCGAAAAGGAUAUGGUUGUGCACUCCUGAUGAAGAAGGGUCAAAGACUUAGCAAAGUUCAUAAUUUUUCGACCGACCGAUUAGCCGUUCAUAAUACGUACUUGUUAUUCAUCAUUUUUUUCGCCACAAUGUUUUCAUCGUCCACAAAGGCCUAUGUUGAUAGAUUUCUAUCAGUAUUGGAUCAAAAUGAAAAAAAUUUGAUGCAAUUUUUGGAAUCAUCAUCGGUUGAUGAAGAAUACAAUGAACUUAUUGAUGAAUAUCGACGUCAAAGCAUUAUGGAAUCAACAAAUCUUUCUGAAUUGGAUCGCAUCGAAAAUCGUUAUAUCGAGGUUGAAUCAUUAUCAUCAUCGAGUGAUGAAUACGAUGAACGUAUUGACCACGAAAAUCAACGACUAAAUAAUAAUAUACAUAGAAAUCGACCGAUGACAAUGGAUUGUUCAACACAGACAGAAGAUACCAUGGCCACCAUAAGUGAUAACCAUUGCGAAAUGAUAUCCGAAUUGGAACAAAUGAAAUCUAAAUUUGACAAUUUUUCACUACAAAUCCAAUCUAUGGGUAAUGUUUUCAACCAUCAUCGACAACAAUCACCGUAUCAUCAAGACCAACAAACAUCUGUUUCAACGAAUGUGGCAUCUACUAGUUCCGGAGAUAGUUCGAUCAAUAACGACAAUGUAAACAUGAUGGAUGAUUGGAAAUUUUCCUGUACAAAAUGUCGAUUCAAAUUCGAAACAAAAGCUACGUUUAGUCGUCAUUUGAGAACUCAUGGUCCGGGUCAAAAAUUUUUAUGUAAAAAAUGUGGCAAUCUUUUCAAAUGUAAAUCAAAUCUCCGAAGACAUUAUCAGUUACAUUCGAAUUUGGAACCAUUUAAAUGUCACAAAUGUAAUGAUAAAUUUAAACGUCGUGAUUAUCUUUACCAACAUAUGAGACGAAAACAUUCUUAAAUUGUGAUUAUG